GGACGAGGACCAGGACCAGGACGAGGACCAGGACCAGGACGAGGACCAGGACCAGGACGAGGACCAGGACCAGGACCAGCAGCCGCACCUCCUCACCUCCACCAGCAGCCGCACCUCCUUCUUCACUCCGUGCUGGUGGGAACAUGGAGCCGCCGGGAGGAGAACCAGAGAUCUGAGCAGACUCUGACCGCCCACGCCAUGUGGUCCAGGAGUCACGUCCUCCUGCACCUCCUCCCGCUCCUCGUCCUGCUCCUCCCACGGUCAGCUGGGGAUCGCAGUACCACAGAUCUCCAGGAGGUGACUCUGGCGGCCAUCUUGCCUCUCACCAACACAGACUACGCGUGGGCGUGGCCACGGGUGGCGCCUGCUCUGCACCAGGCGGUGCGCAGGGUCAACUCUGACCGAUGGCUGCUGCCGGGCCUGAAGCUGCGAUUGGUCAACGGCAGCUCGGAAAACCGCGAGGGUUUCUGCUCCGACUCCAUGGCGCCGCUGGUCGCCGUGGACCUGAAGAUCUCCAGUGACCCCUGGGCCUUCAUCGGCCCCGGGUGUGACUACUCCUCGUCUCCGGUCGCUCGCUUCACCACACACUGGGGGGUUCCCAUGGUGACCGCCGGAGCCCGCGCUAUCGGAUUUGAACUCUACGCAGCGGUCACCAACACCGGCCCCACCCACAGGAAGCUGGGGGAAUUUGGCGCCAAGAUCCAGGAGACGUUCGGUUGGCGACAGCACGCCCUGCUGGUCUUCACCGACAAAAAGGACGCUAACGACGACCGGCCGUGCUACUUCGCCGUGGAGGGUCUGUACACGGUGCUGGGGAAGCACAACAUCUCCAUCAGAGACCAGGUGAUCGACGCCGACGUCAACUACAAGGUGGUGGUCCAGAUGAUCCGGGAGAGCGGCAGAGUGGUGUACCUCUGCUGUCCCAGGGACGUCCUUCGUACUCUGAUGGUCCAGUUCUGGAAGGAAGGCGUGGACCUGAAGGACUACGCCUUCUUCUUCAUUGACCUGUUUGCCGAGGCCUUAAGUGGACCAGGUCCGAGCAGACCCUGGUUCAGAGGAGACCAGGAUGACAGCGCGGCCCGACUGGCCUUCAGGAGUGUGAAGGUGUUGACGUACCUGGAGCCGCGGAGUCCGGAGUAUCGGCAGUUUGUCCAGGACCUGAAGAAAGACGCAAAGGAGAUGUUCAACUUCACCGUCCAGGACUCGCUGUUCAACCUGAUCGCCGGAGGUUUCUACGACGGCGUCCUGCUCUACUCUCACGCUCUGAAUGAGACCCUGAGUGAACAGAGACAAGCCGGACCAGGACCAGGACCAGGACCAGGACCAGGACCAGGACCAGGACCAGGACUGGGUUCAGUCAAAAGGCCUAAAGAAGACCUGGUGACCAGGAGGAUGAGAAGUAGAACAUUCCCGGGAGUGAUGGGUGCUGUGGAGAUGGACAGUCUUGGGGACAGACAGACAGACUUUGCCAUCUGGGACAUGACGGACAUGGACUCCGGAGAGUUCCAGGUGGUGUGUGUGUACAACAGCAGCCUCAAACAGCUGGUUCUGCAGAGUGGGCGGAGCUUCCAGUGGCCAGGUGGAGCGCCACCUCCUGACGUUCCAGAAUGUGGCUUUAAGAACGACAAACCAGCCUGCCUGGCACGGACAGUGUCCAUGCAGCAGCUGGUUGCCAUAGUGAUGUGUUUUGUCUUCAUCAUCAUAGUUACAGUUACAGUUUUUAUCUACAGGAAGUUGAAGCUGGAGAGUGAGCUGGUGGCUCAGCUGUGGAGGGUUUCCUGGGACGACGUCCAAAUGAGUAACCUGGAAAAGGUUCUGAAGAAGACCUGCAGCAGACUCACCAUGUCCUUGAGAGGAUCAAACUAUGGCUCCCUGAUGACCAUGGAGGGAAACUUCCAGAUCUACACCAAGACUGGGUACUACAAGGGGAACCUGGCUGCCAUCAAGUACAUCAAGAAGAAACGCAUCGAACUGACCCGGAACAUUCUGUUUGAGCUGAAACAUAUGAGGGACGUCCAGAACGAACAUCUGACCCGGUUCAUCGGCGCCUGCAUCGAUCCACCCAACAUGUGCAUCAUCACAGAGUACUGCCCCAGAGGCAGCCUGCAGGAUCUGAUGGAGAGCGACAGCAUCACUCUGGAUUGGAUGUUCAGAUACUCACUCAUCAAUGACAUUGUGAAGGGCAUGUCCUUCCUCCACAACAGUGUGAUUGUGUCUCAUGGGAACCUGAAGUCGUCCAACUGUGUGGUGGACAGUCGCUUCGUCCUGAAGAUCACUGACUACGGUCUGCAGAGUCUCCGCGGAGGCAGCACCUCUGAGGACACACACGCUUACUACGCUCGAAAACUGUGGACGUCUCCAGAGCUGCUGAGGACAGAGUGUCCCCCUACUGGUGGGACGCAGAAAGGAGACAUUUACAGCUUCGGCAUCAUCCUGCAGGAAGUGGCUCUGAUGAGAGGAGUCUACUUCCUGGACACGCAGACGCUUACACCCAAAGAGAUUGUCCAGGGGGUGUCUCAGGGAGGAGCCCCGCCCCUCCGCCCCUCCCUGUGUUUCCAUAGUCACAGCGAGGAACUGGGAGUUCUGAUGCAGCGCUGCUGGAGCGAGGAGCCGGGGGAACGACCGGACUUUAACACCAUCAAGAUCCUGCUGAGGAAGCAACACAGAGGUUAUGGCUCCAACAUCCUGGACAACCUUCUGUCUCGUAUGGAGCAGUACGCCAACAACCUGGAGGAGCUGGUGGAGGAGAGAACGCAGGCGUACCACGAAGAGAAACGGAAGGCGGAGGCGCUGCUGUACCAGAUCCUGCCCCAUUCUGUGGCCGAGCAGCUCAAACGCGGUGAAACGGUUCAGGCUGAAGCCUUCGAUUCUGUCACCAUUUACUUCAGUGACAUCGUCGGCUUCACGGCGCUCUCCGCUGAGAGCACGCCUCUGCAGGUGGUGACGUUGCUGAACGAUCUCUACACCUGUUUUGACGCCAUCAUUGACAACUUUGACGUCUACAAGGUGGAAACCAUCGGUGACGCCUACAUGGUGGUGUCGGGCCUGCCGGUGAGGAACGGUAAGCUCCACGGUCGGGAGGUGGCCAGGAUGUCUCUGGCCCUGCUGGACGCCGUCAAGAGCUUCAGGAUCCGACACCGACCCAAUCAGCAGUUGCUGCUGCGCAUCGGCAUUCACAGUGGACCAGUGUGUGCUGGGGUGGUUGGACUAAAGAUGCCCAGGUACUGUCUGUUUGGAGACACAGUCAACACAGCGUCACGCAUGGAGUCCAACGGAGAAGCUCUGAAGAUUCACGUGUCAGAGGCCACGGUUCAGGUUCUACAGGAGUUCAGCAGCUUCAGCCUGGAGCUGCGAGGGGAGAUCCAGGUGAAAGGAAAAGGCUGUAUGAGGACGUACUGGCUGCUGGACGAGGAGAGCAACUGA